AGAGAUGAGAAUAUGUAUCGCAUCGGACUUCUUUUACCCCAACAUGGGCGGAGUCGAAGAGCACAUCUUCAACCUAUCGCAGUGUUUGCUCGCCCGAGGCCACAAAGUGAUCAUCAUAACGCACUCGUACGCUGACCGCAAAGGUGUCCGGUACAUGACAAAUGGCCUGAAGGUGUACUACGUUCCGAUCAAAGUGUUCUACAAUCAAGUCGUGCUGCCGACGAUGAUCUGCAACAUUCCACUGCUUCGUUACAUUCUUAUCCGCGAGCAAAUUGAAAUCGUUCACGGACAUUCCGCUUUCAGCACGCUGGCCCACGAAACGAUGAACAUAGCGCAAUUACUAGGCUUGCGGUCUGUUUUCACCGACCACAGCCUGUUCGGGUUUGCUGAUCUGUCGGCGGUGGUUACGAACAAAUUUCUGGAAAUUUCUCUCGCCAACUGCAACCAUUGUAUUUGUGUGUCCCAUACCGGUAAAGAAAAUACUGUUCUUCGCGCCAAAGUUCAUCAGGACAAGGUAUCUGUGAUACCGAACGCUGUCGACACGGCCUACUUUACACCGAAUCCCUGUCGGAGGCCUAACGACGAUGAGACAAUUAACGUGGUCGUAGUGUCGCGAUUAGUGUAUCGCAAGGGGGUCGAUUUGUUGGCCGGCAUUCUACCGAAACUCAAACACCUGCCCAACGUACACUUCAUCAUCGGAGGCGAUGGACCCAAGCGGGCGCUCUUGGAAGAGAUACGCGAGCGAAACAACAUUCAGGAUCGCGUAGUGAUGCUGGGAGCGCUCGAGCACGCCAAGGUGCGGGAUGUACUCGUGCAGGGACACAUUUUCCUCAAUACCUCCCUCACCGAGGCGUACUGUAUGGCUAUCGUAGAGGCUGCCGCGUGUGGACUUCAGGUGGUUUCGACAAAAGUCGGUGGCAUUCCCGAAGUCCUACCUUCGAGUUUGAUGAUCCUCACCGAACCGACCGUGGAGUCCGUCUACCGGGGCUUAAGAGAAGCGAUACGGCGCGAGGUGGAAAAGAAGCAAAUUGCUAGCUCACGGUAUCUGAAUGGCUCGCUCGGGGGACACACGUCAAAAUCGCCCCAAACACCACCACCGAUGCACAGCCACCGGUCUUGUGCAUUCGAACGGAAUCAAACCGUUGCCAAUCUUUACAACUGGAACAACGUGACGGAGCGCACGGAAAAGGUCUACCGAACGGUGCUACGGGAACCGUCUGCUACGCUGGAUAUUAUGAUGAAAAACUGCCUCCGAAGUGGCGUUUGGCCGUUUGUUCUAGUCAUCUCACUGUGCCAUUUGUUGCUGCGCUUCCUGGACUGGUUCGUUCCGCGCAAAUUUAUUGAUCUCUGCUGCACGGACAAUCCGUUCGCCAGCAAUGUGGUUCCAGUUGCGCCGCCGCCCCACAACGUUCAGGCGAUGAAGCACGAACACGGCGGCGGAUCUGUCGCUGCCCGAAGAAAGCGGGAAAGGUUCUCUUGCCGUCAGGUGGCCCUCGCCCUCGACGAGUGACCAGCGACCAGAGGGACAUCGCGUAACGGGACAUUU